CCCCGCGGCGAGCGCACGUCCGCGCACCGUAUAGCGUUUGUGCAGUCGUGCUUCCUCCGUGCUGUGGUGCGUCCGUGCUGUCGUGCAGUGUGAGUGUGUACCGGCGUGCCGGGAGUGCAGUGUGUGCAGCUGCGGCAUGCGGGCGGCAUGCGCGCUGCGCUGACCCGAUGCGCCGCGCGCGCACUGUGCCCGCCCUGCUGCUCGCUCUCGCCCUCGCCUGCCUCACGCAUAGCGCGGCGGGGGCGGGCGUGUUCGAGCUGCAGAUCCUCGAGUUCAGCAACUACCGGCUGCGGCUGGCGUCGGGCGCGUGCUGCGGCGGCGGCGCCGCGCCCGCUGGCGGCGCCGCGCCCGCGCCCGCCGCCGCGCCCGCGCCCGCGCCCGCCUGCGCCGCGCCGUGCCGCACAAGGUUCACGCUCUGCCUCAAGGAGUACCAGUCGGCCGCGGCGCCCGGCGCCUGCUCCUUCGGCCGCGCCGCCUCGCCCGUGCUCGGCACCGACUCCUUCACUCUCGUCGACCCGCUCUAUACUCUCUCGCUGCCGUUCUCUUUUCGCUGGACGCGAUCUUUUACGCUUAUACUGCAGGCCUACGACGACUACAACUACACGGAGCCGGAGGAGACGGGUCUGAUCGAGGAGGCGUGGUGGUCGGGCAUCGUGGAGCCGGGCGCGGAGUGGCACGCGCUGCGGCACGCGGGCGCCGCGGCCGGGGUGGCGUACCGCGUGCGCGUCACGUGCCAGCCCAACUACUACAACGCCACGUGCACCACGUUCUGCCGGCCGCGCGACGACAAGUUCGGCCACUACUCGUGCUCGCCGCAGGGCGACAAGCGCUGCCUGCCCGGCUGGCAGGGCGACAACUGCGAACAACCUGUAUGUAAGGAGGGAUGUCACCCGACACACGGCCGAUGUGAUCAUCCCGGUGACUGCGACUGCCGGCCGGGCUGGCGCGGGGAGCUGUGCUCGCAGUGUCAGCCGUACCCCGGCUGCAAGCACGGCUACUGCAACGGCUCCUCCUGGGACUGCACCUGCGACACCAACUGGGGCGGCAUCCUCUGUGAUCAAGAUCUCAACUACUGCGGCACGCACGAGCCGUGCCAGCACGGCGGCACGUGCGAGAACACGGCGCCGGACCAGUACCUGUGCACGUGCGCCGAGGGCUUCUCCGGCGUGGACUGCGAGCGCGUGGACAACCCGUGCGCGCCCGGCCCGUGCGCCCACGGCGCCUGCACGCUGGCCGCGGCGCCGCCCGGCUUCCAGUGCACGUGCGAGCCCGGCUGGAGCGGCGCCGCCUGCGACUCGGACAUCGACGACUGCGCCAGCGCCCCCUGCGCGCACGGCGCCACUUGCCGCGACCUCGUCAACGCCUUCGCCUGCGACUGCGCGCCCGGCUGGACCGGACCUACCUGCACCGACGACGUGGACGAGUGCUCGGCGCCGGCGCCGAGUGGGGCCGUGGGGGGCGCCGAGGGCGCGGGGGUCGAUGCGGCUCUGGGCCCGUGCGUGAACGCGGCCGCAUGCAACAACACCAUGGGCGGGUACGCGUGCAGCUGCCUGGCGGGCUGGACGGGCCGCGACUGCGAGCUCAACGUGGACGACUGCACGGGCCAGUGCCUCAACGGUGCCACCUGCAUCGACCUCGUGGACGACUUCCACUGCGCGUGCGCGGCGGGCUACGCGGGCCGCACGUGCGCGCGCGACGUGGACGACUGCGCGCCGCGCCCCUGCCGCAACGGCGGCGAGUGCGUGGACCUGCUGGACGCCUACCGCUGCAUCUGCCCCGUCGGCUUCUCCGGGGACAACUGUGAGGAUGACCGCGACCACUGCGCGGGCGCCCCGUGCGCCAACGGCGCGGCGUGCUACACGGCGCAGAGCGACUACUACUGCCACUGCGCGCCCGGCUGGAGCGGCAAGAACUGCACGGCGCGAGCGCGCGAGCCCUGCGCCGCCGCCGCCUGCCUGCACGGCCGCUGCGUGCACGGCCGCUGCGCCUGCGCGCCCGGCUACGCCGGCCCGCUCUGCGCCGACCAAAUAAAUGAGUGUGCGGUGAAUCCGUGUAGAAACAAUGCUUCGUGUGUCGAUGGACCCGCCGACUUCGCUUGUCUGUGCCCCGAAGGAUGGACCGGUAAAACUUGUGCAGUGCGUUUAGAGAGCGGGCCGUGCGUAGACGGUAGAUGCGACAACGGCGGUACGUGCGUGAGGGAUGGUGGAUCGUGGCGCUGCGCGUGCGCGGCCGGGUGGACGGGCGCGGCGUGCGACGUGGCGAGUGGCGGCGGCGCGUGCGCCUGCGUGCACGGCGCCUGCGUGGCGCGCGGCGGCGGCUGGGCGUGCGCGUGCCGCGAGGGCUGGGUGGGCGCGCGCUGCGACGUGGCGCUGGACGGCUGCGCGUCGGCGCCGUGCCGCAACGGCGCGCGCUGCGUGGGCGGCGCGGGCUGGUGGGCGUGCGAGUGCGCGCCGGGCUGGGCCGGGCCCGACUGUGCGCAGCCGCGCGCCGCCUGCCGCCCCGCCUGCCCGCCGCCGGCGCUGUGCCGCAGCGACGCCCUGGGCGCGCGCUGCGUCUGCCCCGACGCGCCCGUGCGCGCCGCCACGCGCUGCCUCGAACUGAUCGCGGGGCUGGGCGUGGAGGCGGAGGACGGCGCGGCGGCGGCGGCGGCCAGCAAGGCGGACGCGGCCGUGGAGAGCGCGUGGGGCAGCUCGGCCGGCACGUGCGGCGCCAACGGCACGUGGUGGUGGGGCUGCAACGCGUGCUGGUGCGCGGCGGCCGCGCCCGCCUGCACGCGCCUGUGGUGCGGCCUGCCCGACUGCCUGGCGCCGCGCGCCGCGCCCUGCCGCACCGACGAGGUGUGCGUGCCCGCGGCGCCGGCGCUGUGCCUGCGGCCGCCGUGCGCGCCGCUGGGCGAGUGCCGGCGCGUGGCGGGGCGGCGCGUGGAGCCGCCCGCGCUGCCCGCGCCCGCCGCCUGCUGGCCCGGCGCGCGCGGCCCGCCGCCGCCCGGCUGCGCGCGCGCCGCGCUGCAGCUGGCGCGCGAGCGGCUGGCGCGCGGCGCGCACGUGGAGCGCGCCUGCGCCGCGCUGCGCCGCAGCCUGGCCACCGUGCUGGCCGCGCGCGCGCCGCCCGCGCCGCCGCUCGUGCUGCUGUGCGACCUGGCGCCCGACGACGACGACGCGCUCGACCUCGCCCUGUGGAUCGGCGACGAGGAGGGCGCGGACGGCGCGGCCAACGCGGAGACGCUGGCGGCGGCGGUCCGCGCGCUGUCGGAGCUGGUGGCGCGGCGCCGGCUGGCCGAGCACGCGCUGCUGGGCGCGGCGCUGCGCCUGCGCGUGGCGCACGGCGCGCCGCCGCCCGCGCCCGCCGCCGCGCCGCCGCCCGCGCUGCUGGCGCUGGCCGCGCUGCUGCCGCUGGCGCUGCUGCUGGCGGCCGCGGCCGCGCUGUUGCUGCGCCGCCGCCGCGCCGCCGCCGCCGCCGAGCGCGAUCGCCGCUGCGACGAGGAGAAGUCCAACAACCUGCAGAACGAGGAGAACCUGCGCCGCUACGCCAACCCGCUGCGCGCGUCCCCGCCGCUGGCGCCGCCGCCCGCCGAGCUGCCGCGCGCGCACACGCUGUACAAGGCGCAGAACGCCGACGCGCGCAACCACACGCCGCCGCGCGACAAGGAGCUCACCAAGCGCGCGCUGCCGCCGCCCGACCCGCCCCCCGCGCGCCGCGCGCCGCCCGAGCGCCUCACCGUGCUUGUGUGACGUCAGCGCCGCGCCCGCCCCCCGCGCCCCGCCCCUCCAGGCGCGUGUGAUACUAAUGUAGCACUAGUGUAGAGUGUAAGCAGAUCGUGUACUUAGCGCGAUUCCAUGUUCUCACUAUUUAUUGUGUUCGAGUUGCGCCCUUGUAAAUAUGUAAUUUUGUAAAUAGAGAUGUUGAAGAGUGUACCUAUUUUGUAUGGAUUGAAGAUUUGUAAGUGAUGAUGAUGUAUUUUUGUGUAAAGAAGGUUGUAUGUACAAUUAAAUGGAUUAAUAAUAACGUUAUUAAAACGCUAUCGAGGUUAA